UGCUGGUGGGAGUCCCUGCCGAGAGCCUGCAGUUUGGAUUUUUCUGAGGCCGAUUUCAAGUCCUCUGCCAGGACCCCCACAACCUGCCGCGUCCGUCCGAGAGCCACUGGGAUGACUUGUUCAGAAAGGAGUAACGGCCGCGCCUGUGCUGAGCGUGCACGUCUGUGCUUUCCCGGGGCCCCAGGAGGGAUGGCACGGGCCGGCGUUCCGGGGCCACGGACAGGCCAGGCCAGGAGGAGGGGUGAUGUCCGGCCGGCGUUCCGGGGCCACGGACAGGCCAGGCCAGGAGGAGGGGUGAUGCGGGGCCAGUGUCCGGGGCCGACGGUCAGGACAAGUCAGGAAGAGGGGUGAUGCGGGGCUGGCGUUCCGGGGCCACGGUCAGGACAAGCCAGGAGGAGGGGUGAUGCGGGGCCGGCGUUCCGGGGCCACGGUCAGGACAGGCCACGAGGAGUGGUGAUGCGGGGCCGGUGUCCGGGGCCGACGGUCAGGAUGGGGCCUGCACUGCCCGCGGCCGCUCUGUUGGGUGCGGGACACAGAGCAGAACAACAGGCUCCGAGUCCCCACGGCCCCUGCGCCUGGUUCACGGAUGAGACGAGUGGCCACAGGACAGAGCGGCGACCUCGGGGCGCUGCGGUCCCAGCAGCCCGGGCUUUCUGGGCAGACACACUCGCUCCACUGGCUCAGCAGGACGGGGCAGACAUGUUGUUAACAUGGAGAGCGGCUGCCGCGUUUGGACGGUUAUGGUCCGAACCUGUGGGCCCACGUGGCUGGGUGAUGUGGGCUGCGGGAGGGGCAGCACAUAAACAAAGCUGGAUCAGGUGCAUGUGAUUGAGUGGAUUCGAAACCUGCAAGGACGUUGUGACCACGCCCUUCCUUUGCCUCGUGGGAUCUGGCUAUGAAAUAGACUCGGCUCGCAGGCCGUGGCGCUGUCUCUCCACGUGAGCCCACGUGAUUCCCACCAGCAAGCGCCUGCUGCUCCCCAGUCUACCCCCCACGCAAACUGGUCAGACUGGGCCGGGGACCAGGACCUCCCCCCGCCCCCCCUCCCCGGGACUCCAGCCCUCACCGCUGCAGGCAGGUCAUGUUGGCUUAGUGGUUGAGCAUCAACCUAUGAACCAGAAGGUCACCCUCCAGGAGGAAGUCCAGGGGCACCAGCCUCGCAUCGAAGGCAUCUUCGCCGGAGCACCGUCACUGACAGCAGCAGCCUGGGUGCCGAGACCGUCCCAUAGAGGCUCGCUGACCUGCGGCAGCUGUGGGGCCUCCUCAUCGAGGAGACGGAGAAGAGACCCCAGGCGGGCGGCUGGAGGGCGUGCCGGGGGCCCAGAGAAGCUCCUUGUCCCUCCAUUCAAAAGACUGGGAGUUGCCCGAGGAUGUCGAUGUGGAAGAAGCUACGCAAAGGACUGAGGUGCCAACAUGGGGUCAGCUGAAGAAGAUGACAACUGAGGCCCAGCAGAUGGUAGAAAAGCAAGGAGUGGAAGCUACGCCCUCGGCCAUGUUUAUGGCGGUGCCAGUGUUGGUGAGCUGCCCGUUUUCUGUAAAGUCCUGCGCAGCCAAACCUGAGGACUCUGGGUUAGAUAUAAACCAGCAGCAAGAGAAACUUCCAUUUUGUAGAAAUAGUCUGUGGUUUGGUUUCUCUCUUGCUGCUGUGUUGCACUGGCGUUGCUUUGUUAUUGUUUUAUUCAUAGCCAGAGUUUUGUUCUCUCGUUGCUGUAUUACAUUAACAUUACUGUGUUUGUUGUUUGUUAAUAGCCAGAGUUUUGUUCUUGAUGUUUUGGUUAUUCUGCAUAAUUUGCCUAGAGCUUUUGAUGAUGUAAAUGGAAGUGUUUAAAAACAGAAAAAAUGGGGGGUGGGGGGAGAGGCAGAGAGGGGCUACAGCGUUUGGACAGGUUAUGGUCCGACCUGUGGGCCCACAUGGCUGAGUGAUGUGGGUUGCGGGAGGGGCAGCACGUAAACAAAGCUGGACCAGGUGCAUGUGACUGAGUAGAUUCGAAACCAGGAGGACGUUGUGACCACGCCCUUCCUUUGCCUCGUGGGAUCUGCUGUGAAAUAAAGACUCGGCUCGCAGGCCGUGGCGCUGUCUCUCCAUCAGAGAGGGCCGCGUCCCACCCAGACCCAGCCUUCUUCUCUUGUCUGUCUUUUCUCAUCCUCCACCGCCCCCUCUCAGGCUCACCAACCCUGGCUGUGCGGGCACGGCACAAUAUAGUAAAUCUGAAAGACUUCGUUAAAGGUUCUGUACUCAAGUUUGUCCAGCCCAGCCGGCGUGGCUCAGUGGUUGAGCAUCGACCUGUGAACCAGAAGGUCACGUUUGACUCCCGGUCAGGGCACAGGCCCGGGCUGCGGGCUCAAUCCCCAGUGAGGGGCGUGCAGAAGGCAGCCAGUGGAUGUUUCUCUCUCUUCGAUGUUUCUACCUCUCUAUCCCUCUCCCUUCUGCUCUCUCUAAAAAUCAAUGAAAAUAUAUUAAAACUAAAUUUGUCCAAUAAAAAGGCUGGUUUUUAUUUCAGUGCCCAAGUUAGACGGUUUGAAGCACUUUAUGUCCCGCAAGGAGCAGCAGGCUCCAGUGGCCGAGGGAGCGUGCGUCCUGCGGGCAGGCCUGUGCUGCGAAAACCCCCGUGCUCACCCCGAAGCACUGUUAGUUCCACGUCAAUGGAGACCCAGGUGCACACGCGGUCACCUGCAGUCCCAGGCCUUCGCCACCUUGUUCUCCUCACAGACCUUCCUUACGAGCUGGUCACCCGCUGGGGGCUGCUGGGUGGCUGCAGCCCCACCACAUGCCGAGUGCCGCGACCACGGCUCCUCACGCCCCAGGGAAGCGGAAGGGAAUGCCUGGGUGAAGCAGGAGCCAUCCCUUCAGAAUCGUCCCCGACCUGCUCACAGGAUGAAAGCGGUGCUGCCUCCAGCGCUCCAUCCGCACGCGGUGCGCAGCUGCGGGGGCUGCCGCAUAGCAGAGCUCACAGGGGACUUCUUCCUCCGCCUGACUCGCUUCACCCGUCACACCCUCCGGCCUCCACGCUGUGCAGAGGUGGGAUUCCGUCCCCGUCGGGAUUCCUGCAGAGGCUGCGUCCCUGGAGGCGGCUGGCGGCUGAAGCUGCGGUUGCAGCACAGAGACCAUUUCUCAAGGGCUGUUCCCAGAGCCUCAGAGGAGGGACUCUGCCCCGGCCUUGCACCUGCGGACGGGGGUGCGGGCCCGGCCUUGCACCUGCAGACCAGUGGAGAGAAGGGAGAAGUUCCUGCCUGCACGGCCCAGUAGGCACGACCUGCAGUCCCAGAGGAGCUGUCUCUGCAGCUGGGGGCUCGAGGUCUGAUGUUUGCUCGUGUGGGGACGGGACACUGCACUGGGCAAGGACACCAUGAGGGCCCCGCCUCGGAACAGCCCCGGGCUCCAUGGGGAAAUGGACUUUGUUCUACAGCAUGGCCCACACCUGGGACACACCCUGAAGGGACCUGCAGGAACACCGCUCCGAGGUCAGCGCCCGCCUGGAGCCACGGCCCCUCUGCACCAGCUUGCAGGGGCUUGCUCUUCUGAGAGGAGGGUCCAUGCGGCCGUGGCCUCGCUGCUGCUCCCGUUUCUCCCCUCAGUGGUGGCGGGUCCUCAUCAGCAGCUGACAGUUCAGGGCGCAGCUCGGACACAGGCCAGCCUCUCCCCACGCGGGGGUGGGGCGCGGCGCCAGGGACACACCGCCCCACGAGGAGUGAGGGGUGCAGGCCAAUGGCAGGGCGGCUGGCCCCGAGCUCGUGAGCGCAUCUCUCAGAGCCCACUGCUCCGUUUCUGAUAACAAGACAGCGGUUCCUAGUGGACCACAAGUUCAGGGCCCGGGGGGCUCUCUAGGCUUCGGUCUCCACAGGGCGCGGAAGCCAGCACCUGGGCCACCUGCUGCCCCAUCACCCAGGACACACUGUGGCCCGCGGCUGUACUUUCCCGAAGAGCAGCCCAAGUCAUUCGCAUCAAGCGGACGAGUGAGGAGGAGCUGGAAGCACCUUUACUGAAGUGACUAGUAAAUAGGUAUGAAAGCCUCUGAAGCCUGGCCGGCAGGGCCCAGUGGUUGAGCAUCGACCUGUGACCCAGGAGCUCACGGUUCAAUGCCUCCUGGUCAGGGCACAGACCCAGGUUGUGGGCUCAAUCCCCAGGAGGGGGCGUGCAGGAGGCAGCCGAUCCGUGAGUCUCUCCCAUCAUUGAUGUUUCCCUCUCUCCCUCCCUCCCUCUCCCUUCCUCUCUGACAUCAUAAGAAAUAUUUGUUUUUUAGAAAAGACGCUGAAUCUUGCGCGGAAAUUAUGGCGCUGGGACCAGUAGCUGGUGAGGCCGUUUCCGAGGAACCCACCCCUGGGGCACUAGGUCUUCGUGGCUGAAAUGCCCCGCCUUCCGUCCCAGACCGCGCGGGGGCUGUCCUCCAGGUCACACAGCAACACGCAGGUGUGGAGGGCGCAGCCCGACCAGGCUGCUGGGGGCGCUCCGCGUGGUGUGGCUGGAUCCCUGCGGAGCGCGGGGCGUGCCGACGGCAGAGUGAGGGCAGGAGGUUGGAGCCCCGUCUGUGCUGUUGGCUGGGACUCUGGGGCCUUCUGCUGCGUGAAUGCUCUUUUCUCCUGUGAGUAUAUGAGCCGACGUAUGUGUGCAUGUGUGUGUGUACGUGUGUGCUGCGCAUAUAUGUAGUUACAUGGAUAUGUAAACGUGCACACAAAUGUUUGCUUUCCGCGGCUUUAUCGUCUCUUGUAAUAACCCUUUGCGGUCGUAUUAAAUUUGGACAUGGGUGUCGUACUGGUUGGAAUUCAUUUCCAUUGAAAGAGCAGAGAUACAUAACAUGCAAGAUUAUGAAGGAUCAACAAGAUUUAUUCAU